AUGAAUGAAGAUCUGAAGGUUAAUUUGAGCUGGCUGCCUCAGGACCAUGUAGAAGCCAGCUCCACAGAGAAUGUCUCAGCCGCAGGCUCCUCCCUGGUUCCUGUCAUAGACCCAGAGCCAGAGCUCUUGGUCAACCCCUGGGACAUUGUUUUGUGUACUUCAGGAACCCUUAUCUCCUGCGAAAAUGCCGUUGUGGUUCUUAUCAUUUUCCAUAAUCCCAGUCUGCGUGCCCCCAUGUUCCUCCUAAUAGGCAGCCUGGCACUUGCAGAUCUCUUAGCGGGAAUCGGAUUGAUCAUCAAUUUUGUUUUUGCCUACCUUCUGCAGUCAGAAGCAACCAAACUGGUUACAAUUGGACUGAUCGUUGCCUCUUUCUCUGCCUCUGUCGGCAGCUUGCUGGCUAUUACUGUUGAUCGUUACCUCUCGUUGUAUUAUGCUUUGACUUAUAAUUCAGAAAGGACUGUCACUUUUACCUAUGUCAUGCUUAUACUGCUCUGGGGAGCAUCUAUCUGUAUUGGACUGCUGCCUGUAAUGGGCUGGAACUGCCUCAGAGAUGAAUCCACCUGCAGUGUUAUCAGACCACUCACUAAAAAUAAUGCAGCUGUCCUUUCAGUUUCUUUCCUGCUUAUGUUUGCCCUCAUGCUGCAGCUCUACAUUCAAAUCUGUAAAAUCGUGAUGCGCCAUGCCCAUCAGAUUGCCUUGCAACACCAUUUCCUGGCCACUUCCCACUAUGUGACCACCCGAAAAGGAGUGUCUACUUUGGCCAUUAUUUUGGGGACUUUUGCUGCUUGCUGGAUGCCUUUUACACUCUAUUCCUUAAUAGCAGAUUACACCUAUCCUUCUAUAUAUACCUAUGCCACCCUCCUGCCAGCUACGUACAAUUCCAUCAUCAAUCCUGUAAUAUAUGCUUUUAGGAACCAGGAGAUACAAAAAGCACUUUGGCUCAUCUGUUGUGGCUGUAUACCUUCUAACCUGUCUCAGAGAGCAAGAUCACCCAGUGAUGUCUGA